CUGUUAUUAGAAUAUAAUCUUUAUGUCUUAAAGGGUAGGAGGAAAAACAAUAUAAUUUGCUAAAACAUCAAUUAAAUUCAAUAAUCUCGUGGUCUGUUGGUGUUUAAUGGAAAAUAGCACAUGAAUCCCAGAUAAGAGAAGGGCCCUCUCGUAAUUCCAUCAGAACCCCGAGGGUAUUUUCAAUUUCAACAAAUCGAGAGAGAUCGCCGACCAAGCCAUGAGCCCUAAGAAGCAGAGACACCGCAGCUCCGCCGGAGAGAAGAAGACGAAGCCGGAGAGAUCCGGUUCGACCUCCACCGCCUCUGUGCCAGAAUGGAUCGCCGAGGCGACAAACGGCGGAUCUCUCCGCCGCGUCGACCUCCACACCGGAACCAACGGCUGGUCUUCGCCUCCAGGUGAUGUUUUCUCUCUCCGCUCCAGGACCUACAUGGCCAAAAAGCAGAAAUCUCCCGCCGGAGACUACCUUCUCUCUCCCGCCGGCGUUGACUGGCUCAAAUCCACCACCAAACUCGACAACGUUCUUGCUCGUCCCGAUAACCGUGUAGCUCACGCGCUCAGGAAAGCCCAGUCCCGAGGCCAAUCCAUGAAGAGCUUCAUCUUCGCUGUCAAUCUCCAGGUCCCUGGGAAGGAUCACUACAGUGCGGUGUUCUACUUUGCGACGGAGGAUCCGCUCCCCUCGGGUUCGCUCCUCCACCGAUUCAUCACCGGAGACGACGCGUUCCGGAACCAGAGAUUCAAAAUCGUCAAUCGGAUCGUGAAGGGGCCGUGGGCCGUGAAAACGGCGGUGGGAAAUUACAGCGCGUGCCUCCUAGGCAAGGCCUUGACGUGCAAUUAUCACAGAGGACCGAAUUACCUGGAGAUCGACGUCGACAUUAGCAGCUCGGCGAUCGCAACAGCGAUUCUUCGUCUUGCUUUAGGGUACGUGACGAGCGUGACGAUCGACAUGGGGUUCCUUGCGGAGUCGCAGACGGAGGAGGAGCUGCCAGAGAGACUGAUCGGAGCCGUUAGGGUAUGCCAGAUGGAGCUGUCAUCGGCGUUUGUGGUCGACGCGCCGCCGCAUCAGCCGUGCAGAACGAUUGGGACGGCGAAAGUGAACCACGACGAGGAGGAGGAUUGAGAGGGGAUCGAAGGGAAACAGGUCAAUGCUCAUUCAUAAUUUCCAUUGAUUUCUCUCUGGAUUCAAAGCUCGUGAAUCUGAAGCACUAUGUAUAAUCAUAAACUAGUGAAAGAGUAUUGAAACCCAGAUUGUAGACCUUCUU